AUGGUGCAACUACAAGCUGUUACAACAAUUCUCAAGAUGUCAGGGAUGUUAUCUGAAGAUAGUACUCCUGAGUUAGACCAAGCUAAGUUACGUAAAGCUAAUUCAGAAGCAGAUAUUGCUAAAUCUAAAGCAAUCUUAGCGCAAUACGAAGUCCAAAUCAGACAAGAAGAAUUUGCUGAUAACGAUGAAGAAGAAAGAACAGACGACUUAAUGGGAGCUAAGCAACUUCAAGUAUUGUUUUGGUGGCAGUAUCCGGAAUACCAAGAUAAGUUUGCAAUCAUUGCUGACGGUUCUGUUCGUGCUGGUAAAACAGUUGUGAUGUCGACAAGUUACAUUCGUUGGGCUAUGGAGUCAUUUAAUGGUCGUAACUUUGGUAUGGCAGGUAAAACAAUCGGCUCUUUAAGACGAAAUGUUAUUCGUGAUCUAAAACGAAUUUUAAUCUCUGAACAUUAUCGAGUGCAUGAUAAUCAAUCGGAAAACAUGAUUACUGUAUCUAAGAAUGGACGGACUAAUUACUUUUUCUUGUUUGGUGGAACGAAUGAAGCGAGUCAAGACCUUGUUCAAGGGAUAACUUUGGCUGGCUUCUUUUUUGAUGAAGUCGCUCUUAUGCCAGAGUCAUUUGUAUCUCAAGCAACUUCUCGUUUAUCAGUUGAACAUUCUAAAGCAUGGUUUAACUGCAACCCUGAAUCACCUUAUCACUGGUUUAAGCUUAAUUGGAUAGAUAAGUUAAGUGAUAAGAAAGCAAUUCGAGUUCACUUUCUGAUGAAGGAUAACCCUUCAUUAUCAAAAGAAACGAUUGACCGAUACGAGAAUAUGUAUUCAGGGGUUUUCUAUCGACGAUAUAUUUUAGGCGAAUGGUCGGUUGCUGACGGUGUUGUUUACGAUAAUUUCGAUAGAGAAACAAUGGUAGUUGAUGUUCCUGAUGAUGUAGUUUGGGAGCAACAAUGGAUAAGCAUUGACUACGGGACAUUAAAUCCGACUGUAUUUAAGCUUUGGAGCUUGUAUAAAGGUGUUUGGUAUAACAGAGCCGAAUACUAUUACAGCGGACGUGAAACAAGUAAACAAAAGACUGAUGAGCAAUAUAUUGAUGAUUUAGAAGAUUUCUUUUAUGAGAAUGAAUUAAAUCGUGAGUCAGUUAAGUUAAUUGUUGACCCGUCGGCCGCUUCUUUCAAAAAGUCAUUACGUAAUCGUGGUUUUACAGUUGUGAAUGCUAAUAACAACGUAUUAGACGGUAUUCGAUUUAUGAUGACUCAAAUGAACGCUGGCAAGAUGAAGUGGACUGAAAACAGAGGGGAUUUAGUGGAAACAUAUUUAAAUGAUAAUUGCUAUGUUGAUGAUGACAAUGUUUUUUACUUCAACGGCGAUAAAAUAACGCGAGAAGAUAUUGAUGUUUUCAUCCUUAAACAUUCAUCAAUUGUUCGUGAUUAUGAAAAGUAUCGCAAUUACUACAAAUCAAAACAUACUGAAAUCUUAAACGCUAAACCUAAGCCUGAUUACAAGCCGGACAAUCGUUUAGUAAUCAAUCAUGCUAAGAAGAUUGUAGAUACUUAUUCCGGUUUUGCAGUUGGAAAACCAAUUCAAAUUAGCUUAACAGAAGACUUAGCGAACACAUCACUAGCUGAAUUUAAUCGUUCACGAAAUAUGGAUACGGUGAUUUCUCGUGUCUGGAAAGAAAGCUCUAUCUUUGGUAGGGCUUAUUUUUAUGUCUACGGGGACAAUGGAGAGAUUAGAGUAACUAAUACAUCUCCGCUAAAUACGUUUGUUAUCUAUGAUGAUACGGUAGCUCAUAAGCCAUUGUAUGCUGUUCGUUACUCUACUGUUGGUAUGGGCUUGCAAAAACGAAUUACAUUGUAUAGUGACAAGUUUAUCUAUGAGAUUUCAGAAAAAAAUGCUGGAAUGGGUCAAAAGAAAGCUAAUCCGUUUGACUUAAUUCCAAUCGUUGAAGUAGUAGAAAAUGAUGAACGAUUAGGGUUGAUUGAAAAUGUAAUUACUUUAAUUGAUGAAGUAGAUAAAGCAAUUAGUGAGAAAUCAAAUGAUGUUGCUUACUUUGCUGAUGCCUAUUUAAAAGUAUUAGGAGCAUUAUUAACGGAUGAACAGUUAAAAAAUCUACGAGACAAACGAGUAAUUAACAUGAAGUCUGCUGAAACAGAAGACGAUACUCCUGAAAAGUUGGAAGUUGAUUUCUUGAGCAAGCCUAAUGCUGACGGAACGCAAGAAAACUUAUUAAAUCGUGUGAUUGAUAACAUUUAUCAAAUGUCGAUGAUUGUUAAUUUAAAUGACAAGGACUUUGGUAAUUCAACCGGAGUUGCCUUAGAAAUGAAGUACAAACCAAUGCUUAGCUUAGCAACCUUAAAAUCACGGUUAUUUUCAGAGUCAUUAAAGCGAAUGUAUCAAGUUGUUUUUGCUUCAAAUCUGAUUAAAAACGUUGGCGAAGAAGCAUGGAAAGACUUAGAUAUUUCAUUCCAAUACGACUUACCGCACGACGUGCUAUCAGAAGUACAGACUGCUCAAGCAUUAGCUAGUUUGGGAGUAUCAACGGAAACAUGGUUGAAAGUUAUUUCGGUUGUUAAUGAUCCUAAGCAAGAAGAAGAUAAGAUGUUGAACGAACAAAAGCAGCAAUUUAAAAAUAACUUAGAAAUGAUUGCUAGUGGCAACAUUAAACCGGACGGUGAAGUAAAUGACAACGGUCCAAGACGAGAAGAAUAG